AUGUCUGUAACUUACUGGAACAUUUUUUUUCUAUAUUUUGCGGGCCCUUGCAUCAUUACCAGCAACUUUGAAUCCUCGCUAAUGUGUGAAGUUUCUGAGCAACAGUGCAGUGGCACAGAAAGUUCGGGAAGCAGUUUGGGGAGCUCAGUCACAGCCUGUAAGAAGGUCCUUUGCAGUAAUAGCCUCUUGGAAUCUACAGACUACUGGCUUCAGAACCAAAGGGCCCCAUGCCAAAUCGGGUUUGUGGAAGACAAGUCUGAAAACUGUGCAUCCGUGAGUACACAGAAUAUUUGGGUUAUUCAUCCAGAGUGCAAUAAUAUUUUCACUCCACAGAAAUUGGUCAAUGUGUCACCAGAUCUCCCAAAACUUAUCAGUUCCAUGAAUGUCCAACAACCAAAGGAAAACGAGAUUGUGCUUUUGAGUGGAUUAUCUUCUGGAAACCUCCAAGCUGAUUUUGAAGUUUCCAAGUAUCCUUGGCUGCCAGACAUAUGCCUUGUUCAAUGUGCAAGGGGGAACAGACAAAACAGUACCAACUGUAUCAUCUUUGAAAUCAAUAAAUUUCUGAUCGGCCUAGAGCUGGUACAGGAGAGACAACUACAUGUGGAAACCAAUGUCUUCAAGGUGGAGGAUGACACCAACUGCUCUGUGUCCUCAAUAGAAGAGGAUUUUCUCACAGCAUCAGAGCAUUUAGAGGAUGAGAGUGAAGUGGAUGAAUAUAAAAAUGGUUAUGAAAAUGUAAAUAUUUCAGUCAAUAUUUCAGAAAGUAAGAAGUCAAAGGGAGCUGCUCAAGGGGAUCUGAAUUGCAAAAAGGGCAAAUUACGUUAUGCUUUUGAAGAAAAUUCGAUUUGCAAAGAUAAUGCCAUUUCACACAAAUCCUCAAGGUAUCUGGAAGGAACAUUGAAGAAAGCAGUUGAAAUCAUUUUGCCUAAUGCAGAUCAAUCAAUCCAGCAACCACGAAAGAAAGGAGACAUUUCUGAAGAAGAGGAGCCAGCCACUAGUAAUUCUGCAGAAAGCUCUAAAGGUCCAGUGGAAAUUUCUCAUGCCUUGCAAUCUCCCCACAAGAGACAUUUGGAGAGAAUGGUUAAGGAAGAACUAACAUCUGUAUGUGAUACCAUCUCAAAACAUAACAGAAACCAAAAUCCUGAAGAGGGUCUGAAGAAUGAAGAACUAUCUCAUCCUCCUCUGCAAGACGAGGGCAGAACAACUGGCGAAUACGCAACCAAUCUGGCAGAAUCUGUCCUGCAAGAUGCAUUUAUUAGGCUGUCCCAAUCUCAACCGCCAUGUCCUAUUAAUGCUGUGGCAAAUGCCCCCAUGGAAAAUGCUUUGAUUUCAGAAGGCUGCACUGUAGAAGACUUUGAGCUCCCUAGGUCAUGGCAGGAGCUUCCCAAAAUAGUCAUUGUGCAGAGUCCAGACAACAGUGAAGCUAUAUCUGAAUGGCCUGGGACAAACCCCUCAAGCCUCAGCCACUACUCACAAUCUGAUCCUUCAGUUGGAAUUUCAGGUGAACUUAAUGAAGCAAAAUCCACCAUAUCUCCCCAGAGUGCUCUAGAAGUAGCUUUAGCUUGUGCUGCUACUGUAAUUGGAACUAUUUCCAGUCCUCAGGCCACUGAAAGAUUCAGAUUGGAGCAAGAAAGUUCAGCAGUUAAUGGUCAAAUGCUGGGGAAUGAGGAGCUUCAAAAACAAACCACUCAAGAGCCUACAGACCCUACAAGCAUGGAAUAUUCAUUUCCAUCAGCCCUGUGUGGCAUGACUCAGGUAGCCAGUGCUGUUGCUGUUUGUGGUCUUGGGGAAACUCAAGAAGAUAAGUAUCCCGUGGCAUCAAGUGGUCUCUUGGCUGCGGCAGAGGCCUCAGCAGCAGUCACCCUCCAUGGUAGCAUAGCCAUGGGCAGUAGCAUGGAGACCUUGAACAAAAGCAUUGCAGAGACCCUUCUCAAGGAGGCAUCUCUGGUUUUGACUAAGCCUAAUGCCUAUAGCAGCGUUGGAUACUUUAUGGAGUCAAUGAACAGAACGAUUGUUGAAAUUAUGUCCAAGCCUCAGAUCUCUUGCUCAGACAACAUCCUUGGGGAUGAACUAGCAGAGGAUUUAUCCAGUGUUAUCCUGAAGCACUCACUUGAAGAAGCUAACCAGAAAAUGAAAAUGACUGAUUUUGAGGCUACUGGGGUUCCAGAUCAGAAUAACCAGGACAUCCUUAUGGAAACUGUAAAUGAACUGCUUUUCAAUGUAAUGUAUUUCACUUUCAAGAAGAUGAGAAAUAUCACCCAAUUCAGUGAGCAUCCCCCCAUCUUUUCUAAGGAGCACAACAGAUGGAGAAGCACAGAAAUAGAUCAUCAACUAACAGAGACAGCAGCAACACAGACAGCCCAGAGAGCUCUUGAAUACUCCAACAGUAGCACAAUUAAUAAUUUGUACAAUGCUGGUGCUGUCAAAGAUCUGGGAGGUGUCAUGCCACCAAAGAGUGAUAAUCAUGGCAGAGGAAUGCCAAACAUUUUUGAAGGCCCCAUACUUCAGUCAGAACUGCCUUUUAAUAACCAUGCCUACAAUUCAUUGGCCUCAAAAACAUCCCCUAAGAAAAGAUUCCCAAAACAAAACACUGGAGAUUACCACAGAGAUCCUAAUCAGAGAUUCAGUCACAAUAGGAAUGGACUCAGAUCCUUUUCAGAUCCGUUACCAGGCAGUGGGAUGAAAGAAAUGAUCGAUGGCGAGUUCAACCUCAACACCCAGGAAAAAUGCAAUACUGAAAUUCAAGCUGGCCUUUCUCAAUUAGGGAGCAACAUAAUGCUUCCGUCUCAACCCAUGCUACAGGUUAAAUGUUCAACAGAUAACUACUGUGUAAUAGACUUUGCUGAAGAAUUAGCAGAAACUGUUGUCUCCAUGGCAACAGAAAUAGCUGCAAUCUGCCUGGAUAAUUCAAAUGGAAAACAACCCUGGUUUUGUGCCUGGAAAAGGGGAAAUGAGUAUCUGAUGACACCAAGCCUGUCCUGUCGAACCCUGAAAAGAAAGAAGGAAACUCAGGCCAACGGAUCCAUCGUAAGGAAGCACAAACCCCCUCGACUUAGUGAGAUAAAAAGAAAAACGGAUGAGCAUCCUGAACUCAAAGAGAGGCUCAUGAACAGGGUCGUCGAUGAGUCUAUAAAUCUUGACGAUGUCCCAGACUCUGUCAGUGUCUUUGCGAAUGAAGUGGCUGCCAAGAUUAUGAACCUGACAGAGUUUUCCAUGGUGGAUGGAAUUUGGCAAGCUCAGAAUCAUCCUCGAAACAGAUUACUAGGCGAAAGGCUAAAUCGUGUGAAAGCCUCUAGCUGUGAAAGCAUCCCCGAAGAGGAUUCGGAUUCCCGAGGCUUUGCAAACAGCCUGGGCUUAAUGAAUACCUUGAGUCAGCCUGUCAGCAGAGCCAGCUCUGUCUCCAAACAGUCCAGCUGUGAGAGCAUUACAGAUGAGUUUUCCAGGUUCAUGGUGAAUCAGAUGGAAAACGAAGGGAGGGGAUUUGACUUACUCCUGGAUUACUACGCUGGCAGGAAUGCGAGUACCAUCCUAAGCUCAGCUCUUCAGCAGGUAUCUCGGAAGAAUGGACAUCUCAGUGUGAAGCCCAGCUGCCCCUCCAAGCAAUCCAGCACAGAAAGUAUAACGGAAGAGUUCUAUAGGUACAUGCUAAGGGACCUCGACAGAGACAGCAGAGAUAGCGUGUCUUCGAACAGAAGCAGCAGAGACUGGGGUUCCAGUCUGCUGCCUCCUUCUCCCCGCUCCCCGUUUUGUUACAGACAGUUCUCUGUACCAGAUCACAGGUCGUCCUGUGGCAAGCUCACAGUGAAUGCUCCGGUCAAGGCAAACUCUCUGGAUGGCUUUGCUCAGAGUGGCCAGCAAGACUUCCUGAGCGUUCAGCCGGUCAGCAAUGUGUCUUCAUCAGGCCUCUGCAAGUCUGACUCUUGUUUAUAUCAGAGAGGGAAGACAGACCAAAUCACAAGCAUGCUAAUUCAUGAGACGUGGACAAACUCGAUUCAGGCCCUUAUGCAAAAAAAUAAGAUCAUAGCAGAUGAGACAGAAGCAACAGAUGCCGAUCCUGUUUCAAGAGGCUCUCCCUGUCACAUAAAACAGUGUGCUCACAGAUUAGGUACGAGCACUGAGGAGAAUGGAAACAUUAUGCUGGUGGCUCGUCAGGAUUCCUCCGCUUGCACAAAUAAAGACUCGGCAACAGAAAACAGACAUCUUCCCACUGCAGCUGCGAACCAAGCAGCUACUCCCCCGGAACAAAUACAAGCAGGAUGUAAAAAAGAACAUUUCGCCAGCCAUCACACUGGUCUAGGGGGUCACACAGGUCCAACCUCUUGCCCCAGGGAAGUGCCUCUGAUUCAGAUUGAAACAGAUCUAAGGGAGGAUCUUACUGAAAAAUCAGAAGUCAUUACUCCCCCUAACAUCUGCACUGCGGAAGCAAAAGAUGACGAUGUGAACAGAGAAAAGGACCCUGAAAUGGACAGUGGUAGAAACACAGCUGCAAGCUCCAUCACAAACAACAGUGCCGACUUUAAUGCCGAAAAUGUUCCUGACCCUGAAAACCCUGUGGAAGUCCGAACCCCAGAGGAGUCCUUGAACCCUCAUAGCAGCAGCGAUGAAAGCACAGGCAGCUGGUCACAGCUGGUCAAUGAUGAAGACAACCCUGAUGACACAAGUAGCUAUUUGCAGCUCAGCGAGAGAUCCAUGAGCAAUGGCAACAGUAGUACCACUAGCAGUCUUGGCAUUAUGGAUCUGGAAAUUUAUCAGGAAAACUUGCCAUCUUCUCCCAUGAUUAAUGAACUGGUAGAAGAAAAGGAAUGCCUUAAAGAAUCAUCAGAAAACAUAGAUGACUGUACUUCUAAAUUGUCUGUGGGAACAGCCAGCUGCCAAAGAAACCUUUUGGUGAUAAAUUUUGACCUGGAGCCAGAGUGCCCUGAUGCAGAACUUCGUGCCACGCUGCAAUGGAUAGCAGCCUCAGAACUUGGAAUUUCCACCAUCUACUUUAAGAAAUCUCAGGAAAACAGAAUUGAAAAGUUCCUGGAUGUUGUACAGCUAGUUCAUCAGAAAGCCUGGAAGGUGGGUGAUAUAUUUCAUGCUGUGGUCCAAUAUUGCAAGCUGCAUGAGGAGAGAAAGGAAGUGAAACCAAGCCUCUUUGACUGGCUGCUAGAGCUGGGAUAA